UCGUUUGGCGCGAGCAGGUCGCAUCGCCACUAGGCUUCGAUGGCCUCCGAGGAUUCGCCCGCCGCGAAGCGCGCAAAAACGGAGGAGGGUGCGGGAAGCAGCUCGCCCGACGACGGCCCCGUCGUCGUCACAAAAGCUAUGGAGGAGGAGGAGGCCAAGAUGAUGGCCGAGUCGGAGAAGGAGGCUGAGAAGCAGCGGCUCAAGGACAUGGACAGCAAGGACCUGCGCAACGCGACCACCGAGGACAAGGUAGCGCGGCUGGACCAGCUCCUCUCCAAGUCGGUCGCCUACUCCGAGUUUCUCGCCAACAAGAUCAAGAAGGAGGGCGAGGGCGCCGACGCCGUCGUGGACGGCUCUGUCCGCGGGCCUGCGCUGCCUCAGCCGAAGCACAUCGUGGGGCAAAUGCGGCCGUACCAGCUGGUGGGCGUUCACUGGAUGGUUGGGCUGUACGAGAAUGGACUCAACGGCAUCCUCGGCGACGAGAUGGGGCUCGGCAAGACGAUCCAGUCCAUCGCACUGCUCGCCCACCUCAAGGAGAAGAGCGUGGCGGGGCCCUUCAUGGUGGUCGGCCCGCUCUCCUGCCUGCAGAACUGGCACAACGAGUUCAAAAAGUGGGCGCCCUCGAUCCCCUCCCUCGUCUACCACGGCUCCAAGGAGGAGCGCACGCAGAUGCGCGGCACGCACUACCGCAAGGGCGACGGCAGCAUGCCGGUGAUGAUCACGUCGUACGAGAUCGUCAUCCGCGACGCGACGGCGCUGAGCAAGAUCGGCUGGAAGUUCAUCAUCAUCGACGAGGGGCACCGGCUGAAGAACAUGAACUGCCGGCUGAUCCGCGAGCUCAAGCGCAUUUGCGGCACGCCGCUGCAGAACAACCUGACCGAGCUAUGGUCGCUGCUCAACUUUCUGCUGCCGAGCAUCUUUGACGACCUCGACUCUGUGAGCCUCUCGUCCCUCCGCCAGGCGUGGUUCGACUUCGACUUUACGCAGGAGGACAACGACGACAAGGUGAUGAAGGGCGAGAAGGGCGAGCAGACGGAGUACAUCCUCUACGCCUCCCUGUCGGAGUGGCAGCAGCAGCAGUACAAGGAGAUCCUCAACAAGAACCUCUCCACGUCGGAUGGCAAGGCGGCGGUCACCCUCAACAACUUGCUCAUGCAGCUGCGCAAGUGCUGCAACCACCCCUACCUGUUCGAGAGCGGUCGGCCAGUAGGCGAGGAGGCGGUGGACGAGGUGCUGGUGCAGGCGUCAGGCAAGAUGCUGCUGCUCGACCGGCUGAUGGCGAAGCUCACCAAGAAUGGGCACAAGGCGCUCCUCCCCAGCUUGAGAGAGUACUGCGCCCUGCGCAGCUACAAGUGCUGCCGCCUCGACGGCGGCGUGUCGGCGGAGGACCGGACGCAGGCGAUGACCGAGGCAUGGUGGUGGGCGAUGAACGACUUCAACUCGGACAAGUCGAUCGACGUCUUUUUGCUCUCGACCCGCGCGGGCGGGCUCGGCGUCAACCUCGUGUCGGCAGACGAGGUGCCACUCUUCACGCGCGUGCUGCUGUGGACAGGCGGGCUCGGCGUCAACCUCGUGUCGGCAGACACGUGCAUCAUCUUCGACAGCGACUGGAACCCGCACAUGGACCUGCAGGCGCAGGACCGCUGCCACCGCAUCGGCCAGACCAAGCGCGUGAUGGUGUACCGGCUGGCCGCCUGCGGGACGGUCGAGGAGCAGAUCCUCGUCAAAGCCAAGCAGAAGCUGAAGCUCGAGCAGCUGGUCGUCUCCAAGGGCAAGUUCAAGGACAUCGGCAAGAAGACGGACCGGAGCGAGCGCAUCGCCGAGGACGAGCUGCAGGAGCUGCUCGCGUUCGACCCGAGCAAGUCGGCGCUCGGCCGUGAGAACAAGGUGAUCACGGACGAGGAGCUCGCCGUCGUCCUCGAUCGCAGCGGCAAGGUGCAGGCGGGCAAGGGCUUCAUGGCGGUGGACAAAACGACCUCCGCCUUCGACGCAGCCCAGCGCGGGGAGAGCUAGAGACCGGAGGACGAUGCCGCCGGACGCGCAGCACGAACGCUGAGCACGAACGCUUGCCACCAUCGCCUCUCCCUCUUGCCGACUCAGUCUCCAACUCGCCACUCACUCUCUGUCCGAAUGCGUCCGCGCGCGCGCGCGGGGCGCGAGUGAGAUUUUGUUGUGUGCGAAUAUACUGUCACUUGGACCUUGGUUACGUAUACGAGUAAGAAACG